GAGAAUGGGAAUGUUGGCGAAGAUGUGACUAGUAUGCGACUAGAUGAGGCAGACUCAAUUUCCAGGAUGAUGACCAUGUCAGCGUCCAGCCCGGAAGCACAAGACAGCACGUCAAGAGGACCGGCUAUCAUGUUCGGCUCAUCGAACGAUCAACAUGAUGAUUACAGUGCAUUGAAUCCUACACCCAGUGCAUCUAGUACUGACUCUCGUCGAGACAAACAGAAAAGAAGACCGAAGAAAAAACCUGGUUCAUCAACUAUGAGUCGCAAGAUCGCGAGAGCUACUAAAAGAGACACUGUGAAGAUGCAGAAGCUGCUUUUGAAUAUGCGGGAUUCAGCGGGUUCGGGUGCAAAGGCGAG